AUGUUGCCGCCGACACAACCAACACCGCCGACAAAUCCACCUCCAUUAGCACCACCGUCUCCCCCACAACCACCUUCCCCUCCGCCUCUAGAGUUCAAGCUGAGUAAAGAGGGUGUAGUUCUCGAAAUUGGAGGCUCAAAUCGGUUUGUUAGAAAACAUGAGAUGCCUUUGAUCAAUGGCCACAGACCACCAUUGCAGCCGCCUUCUUGCCCCCCACUACCACCAUCGUUGUAUUCACCGCUAUUGUUGCCGCCACCAGCGUCACCACCACCAUUACCGAGAUUUGAGGAAAAGAACGAAGGAACGUAUUCAGAGUACCAACAAAGUCUUGAGAUGGUAACGGCUCCGUUAAAUGAAGUGACGGAAAAGGUGAAAGAAGAAGAAUUAUACCAAACAUUUCAAAGGAUUACUGAAGAUUCUAAUGGCACCUGGUCCAAACAUCAGGACCCCCUCCUGGGUGAUAUCAUGGUUCCCCAAGAAAAAGGUAAUGUUGCUUUAUCUACUGGGCUUCACGGUUGGGUUUUGACUCUAACCGAUUUUGCGAAAACCUACAACUCUAAAUUUGGUAUAUACAAAUCAAAGAAGAACAUUCGUCAGGAUUAUCAACGGGGGUCUAUAUUGACCAAACUUGGUGAUGAUUUGAAGUCUGACGAGAAAACCUUACAAAAGAAAGCCCUUAUAAUUCAUGGGCUGAGGGUUGAUGAGUAUUCAUCAACUGAAGGAGCACCAGUUGACCCCUCAGUUAGAAAUUUAGAUGCUCUUGAUCUUGCGGAGGAUUUGAACAACAUUGAGAAGGGCAUGCAGGAAGCAUACACAGAGCUGGUGGAGAACCACGAUAUGUCAAAGAGACACUACCAAGAUGAUGUUGAACAAUACAUGUGGAAUUCUCAAGUAGGUGGUUCCUACACGAAUACCCAUGGCAUGGAUGAAACCCGUGGAAGAAACACAAAAAGCACCCUCUUCCUAAAGGGAUACCAACUUGAGUAUCUGGAGAAGCACAGUUUUGAGGAAUUAAUCAAGAAGCGAUCUGAUUUCAUGAGUUAUACAAUAUUCAUAUGGGUUGAGAAGAUGAUCAAGGGAGAGAUCUCUAACAAGGAGGAUAAGAUGGUUCAUUAUUUCCUACAUGUUGUCUCUCUAUUGUUCUCUUCAUUUGAACUUGAUACGAAGUCUGUUGUUGAUAUUAGAACCAGGGUGUUAGAGGAAAAGAUUGUAGCAACGCAAGCUUGUGGGUUGUUUGUUCUGAUUACAAAGAGUAUUUAUGUCCUACAUUUGGAAGAGUCUCGUGGAUAUUUGAUAUGGUCUACUGGUUAUUUCCAUGAAGAUACAUUAAGGGUUGCUGAUACGGCUGUUAAGAUGAGCGUGUGGGCUGCAAAGCAAAGAGAUGUGUGGGUUAAUGAACAUGGCGGUACAAAGAACAUGAUGAAAAGAACCGAAGAUGGGUUAAAGCUGAAAGAGACGGAUGAUGAACAGCAGCAACAGGAGAAGUUUGAGGGAUUUGUUGUCUCUUUUCUCGGGUUGCUUUGGGUUUACCUCUCCUAUUUGCCUCUACACGUGAUCGAGAUGCCAAGAGUGACUCAUUCUUUUCUUCACCUUGAGGACAAGGUGAAAGUUUGGGCCGCCGGUAUUGUUAAGCCCAACUAA